UGCCCCUGCUUGGGGCUGGGAGGAGAACUGGGUCAGCGAUGUAACCAUGGAGAUGCUGAAGGAGAUGCUGAAGCAGCUCCAGCACAGCCCCGCUCUCCAGAACCCUUUAAAGAUUAACCAGACCCGUCACCCUCCGUCUCCAGCAGCCGGGGAUGGGGCUGGGGGGCUGAGCCUCCUCGGCGGGGAGAGCUGCCCAGUCCUCCUCCACCUGCGCAGGGCGCUGAUCCCACCCAGCAGAAGCGGGGCCGGCGAGCGCUCGAGCGGCUGACCAUGUUCAACGGGGAUGCCAGCUCCUCGGCGGCCAGGAAUGUCGUCCGCAGCUCCAGCAUCAGCGGCGAGAUGUACAACAUCGAGAAGAGCGCGCGGGGCAGCGCCGACUCCGUCACCGUCACCGCCAGCAAGAAGAGGCGCUCCAGCCUGGGUGCCAAGAUGGUGGCCAUCGUGGGGCUGUCCCAGUGGAGCAAGAGCACGCUGCAGCUCAACCAGACCGAGGGUGGUCCCAAAAAGCUGCGCAGCAACAUCCGGAGAAGCACGGAGACCGGCAUCGCGGUGGAGAUGAGGACCAGGGUCACCCGGCAAGGCAGCCGGGAGUCCACCGACGGCAGCACCAACAGCAACAGCUCCGACGGCACGUUCAUCUUCCCCACGACCCGGCUGGGCGCCGAGAGCCAGUUCAGCGAUUUUCUCGACGGGCUGGGGCCAGGCCAGCUGGUGGGGCGGCAGACGCUGGCCACCCCGCCGAUGGGCGAUGUCCACGUUGGCAUGGCUGACCGGAACGGGCAGCUGGAGGUGGAGGUGAUCCAGGCGAGGGGACUUAUCCCGAAGAUGGGCUCCAAGUCCAUCCCUGCCACCUACGUGAAAGUUUACCUGUUGGAGAACGGCGUCUGCCUCGCCAAGAAGAAGACCAAGGUGGUGAAGAAAACCUGUGACCCGUCGUACCAGCAGCCUCUGCUCUUCGAGGAGAGCCCCCAGGGCAAAGUCCUGCAGGUGAUCGUCUGGGGAGAUUACGGGCGCAUGGACCACAAGUGCUUCAUGGGGAUGGCCCAGAUCAUCUUGGAGGAGCUCGAUCUCUCCAGCGCGGUCGCGGGCUGGUACAAACUCUUCCCCACCUCCUCGCUGGCCGACUCCAGCAUCGGACCUCUGACGCGCCGUCUCUCCCAGUCCUCCCUGGAGAGUUCCACCAGCCCCUCCUGCCCGUAGGCGGCAGGUUGGUGGGAGAGGCUGGGAGGCGAAAGGAGACGUCCUGACCUACCAAAACUGUUAGUGGAUAGCUGUAAAUAUCCUGUCCUAUUUUUUUUUUUCUUUUUUUUUUUUUUUAAAUCUCCUUCCUGAAACAAACCUGCUCUCGACACGCUCCUCCCCGAGCACGCAUCCCGGUGCGCAGAGGGGGACGUUGGAGAGGGAGCGAGGGCUGUGUGUUUUGAGGCAGGGGGAAGGAGAAGUGAAAAAAAAAACCUCCCCCCCCCACCGUGAGGCAGACCGAGGGCUGCGACUGCCGACCGAUCCCGAGACUGUUACCGCACCUCGUCCCGGCACCCCGUCGGAAAGGAAUCGAAGCGACGUGUUUCUCUCCUGACCACCCAGCGAGAGCAUCUCGGUCUGAUUCAUUCAGCACCGCUGCAAGCAGCAUGUUGACGAGGUUUUUUUUUUUCCUUCGAUUUCAUUUCCUUGCCUCUGAGGAAAAGGUAGCUUUUCAAAGAAAAA